AUGAAGCCGAAUGGCACGGGCGAAUCAGGUGCGACUAUGGAACUCAACAAAGUUUCGACGAAAGGAAAGGCCAACAAAAAGGCGCCACCCAUAGCGAAGACAGUGUGGCAGUUACCGAACACUACUGCAGAUGGUGAGCAAUCUCAGCCCGAUGCGUGGAGCGAAGCCCGCCCCGAGUUGUUGCAACGCAUUCAAUUGGCCUAUCCAAGCGAUUCGGAGGAAGGAACAAAGGAUAACCCCGACGUGGCCAACCGACUUCUACUGUCCUACAUUAGGCAGUAUGGGAUUGGCGGAGUUGCGGAGUAUGCAGACCGCAUCGCAGCACCAUUGCAACUGGCAGUGGAUCAAGAGCUGCAUCAACCAUCCAAGCGUCCGGCCCCGAGUUUGAUGCCAGCACGAACGUCGCCAGGCUGCGUCGUGAAAGCAAAGUUGGCCGCCUCUGCUGCGAAGAAGGAGUACCGGCAAACCAAGCGUGCAAAGAUAUCUCCAGUGCGUCAAGCUGAUGAACAACCGCAGGUGGAAGACUUCCUGAUGGAGUUUGUACCCACUCAGCAUCCGAUCAUACCAGAAGGACCCGCGUUACGCGAUGUAGAGAUGGCGGGUUUGGACGUUCAGCUCAACCCGCGUCCAUUACAGCGAUUGGAUGAUCUGGAGGCACUACAAGAUGAAAAUGAUUUCGUUGAGGGAGUGCUCGACUUCAUCUGA